AUGAAUUUCCUACUUUUGUUGUUCCUGGUAUUCUUUGCCCCAUUGCUGCUGUUUGUUGCAUGGCUGGUAGCUUCAUCCUGCCUGGGGAAUCGUCUCCGCAAUCGCACUGGAGGCUUCUCGGUGCGAUCAGGAAUGGACGCGUACGGCCAGAGUUACUUACGAACGAUGGCUAAUUCGAGUGCUGCCAUGUCUGAACAGAUCGAACUGGACGACAUGCUGGCCGAGCCCGGAACACAUCGGCAAUUCGAGGAAGAGGAUUGA